GCCCUUUGGGCCCUGGCCAUGAUUUAAAAGGAAGCAAUCUGAACUCUACAUUCCUUAUUUAAUCUAUGCUGCUUUCCUUAAUUUGCACAUUUAGAACCUGAACAUAAACAUCCGUUAUUGCAACGCGAGGAGAGACAGCCCUUUCCCAAAGCCAAAAGCUGACAAGCCCCCAAAUUCAAGAACUCUGGAAACCAGUCUGCUGCUCUCAGACUUCAGUAUGUGAGAGGUCGGCAGCUAGUGAUCCAGCUCUGAAAAGAUAAGCAAAUUUGAGCUUCUAAUAUGGAAAACGAAAUAUUUGACUGCUUCCACUGCAAAGAGACCUUGUACGGAAAGAAAUAUACUAUAAAGGAUGACAGUCCAUAUUGUGUUAAAUGCUUCGACAGUCUUUUUGCAAACCCCUGUGAACGAUGCAAAAAGAUUAUUGAAUGUAAUUCUAAGGACCUUGCAUAUAAAGACAGCCAUUGGCAUGAAACAUGUUUCAGGUGCGACAAGUGUGACCAUUCCCUGGUGGAGAAACCCUUUGCUGCCAAAGAUGAGCUCUUACUGUGCAUUGAGUGUUACUCUACUGAAUACUCCUCAAAGUGUUUUGGCUGCAGAGCUACCAUAAUGCCUGGAUCACGGAAAAUGGAGUAUAAUGGAAGUAACUGGCAUGAAACCUGUUUUGUUUGCCAAAGUUGUAGAGAGCCAGUAGGAAAUAAGCCAUUUGUUCCCAAGGAGUCCAAGAUAUAUUGCAUGCCAUGUUAUGAAAAACAAUUUGCUAACCAGUGCAAGUCUUGUAGAAAGGCAAUCACCAAAGGUGGGAUUUCUUUCCAAGAGCAACAGUGGCACAGAGAGUGCUUUGUAUGCACGAGCUGCGAGAAAAAUCUGGUUGGAGAGAAAUCGACUUCUAAAGAUGACUCUCCAUAUUGUGUGGACUGCUUCGACAAUCUGUAUGCUAAAAAAUGUGCAGCUUGUGCAAAGCCUAUUACUGGGCAAGGUGGAGCCAAGUACAUCUCUUUUGAGGACCGUCAGUGGCACCACGAUUGUUUCACCUGCGCGAAAUGCUCCAAAUCACUCGUUGGAGAGAAAUUCCUUACUCAGCAGGAUGAUGUACUGUGUCCUGCCUGUGGAUCAGCCAUAUAAAUGUGAAUUGUCUUCCCUUCUCUGAUUUCUUAUAUUCAUUACUACUUCAAUUCUUGUAACCUUGGGCACAUUUUAUGUCUUUUAUUCUUUCAAAUUUUUGGCAGGCCUGACAUUUUUUAUAAAAAUGCUAUGAAACAAUAAUGGUACCUUUUUAGUUGUAUAUUAUUUUGGCUGGAAUAAAACCUUUCAAUUCAAGAAGCAA